AAGCAAACGAAGAAAACCGAUUGUCUUUUUAUUUACAAAUUCCAUCGUAGUUUCCUGCAGAAACUAUCGAAAAUAAUUUUAUUAUAUUUUUUAUCAAGUUUAUUUGCAAACGUGGAUAUUUAUUCAACUUGUCGACAGUGCAAAGUGCUAUCCAAAGUGUAGUGUGCAUUAAGGGCAUUAAGCGAAAUGGUAAACCGCCCCGUCGUGACCGGGCUCUCGCCGAAGGAGGGCCCGCCGGGAACGCGAGUCACUAUUCGGGGCGAGUUCCUGGGUGCGAAAGCAUCUGAUAUGGUUGGGCUCACCAUCUGUGGUUGCGACUGUCUGCUGUCGGCCGAGUGGAAAUCGGACAAGAAAAUCAUCGCCCGAACCGGUGCCGCCAAGGGGAAAGGGGACAUUAUCGUCACGACACGGGCUGGUGGCACCGGGACCAGCACGGUGCAGUUUAGGGCGUACUACGAAACGAUUGGUCCGAUGAAAGAAUCGGCGGUGUGGAUCGAAGAGUCGCCAAUGCAGUCGCUGGCAUGGGGUAGACGCUCGCUGGCCCCGACGGGGUACAUUCAGGAGGAUCCCCUUGGGCUGUCCAUCGAGGGCAAUGAUAAAAAAUUUCCGGAAGAUUUGCGAGAUAUUUUUCCUGAGGGGUCAGGUGAUUUGUCGCAAGAAAACUUUCUUCCGGGGUGGUUCCUGUUGGAGAACCAUCACGCAACAUCGUUUGAUGAUUUGAAGGCAGGGCUGUCCUAUCUGCGACGCCGGGUGGAGAGUCAAAAGGAAGGACAAUUGUCGUUUUUGAAGUCCAAUGCCGGAUCAGUGAUGGAUCAAUUGGACACCUUGAUGGCACUACGGGAUCGAGUAACGCAGGAUUCUAAAACGCACGGAAAAGAUCAGGUCAAUGAUCUGGAGAAAGCGAUAAAAAACUCGAUAGAUGCCUCGCAGGAACUGUUCAAGGAUGUGCUGGCCAGGAAGGAAAAGGCGGAUGCCACAAGAGCGGCGCUGUCGGCGUUGUCGCGGCAUAAGUUUUUAUUCUGUUUGCCAAAUUCGGUAGAGAAGAGCGCUGCCAAGAAUGAGUUUGACAUCGUGGUGAAUGACUACGCCCGGGUGAAGAAUCUUUUCGGGAAGACGGAAGUUCCGAUAUUCAUGAAGGUGCUCGAGGAAGUGGAUAUGAAAAUUCUUGCCAUCAGGCAGCAGUUGCACGUAAAAAUAAAAGAGAUGCCACAAGGAGUCGAGCAACAGAAGAAACUGGUUAAAGCUUUGAUCAGUUUGGAAGCCCAGCAAGCGGGAACCAACGUUGCCAGCAUGUUGGUCAUAGAAGAUCCAGCCUGGGAUGCGAUUGAAGCUCGGGCUAAGUAUCUCGAAGAGACAUUCCUCAAGACAUGUGAGCAGUAUACUGGAAAGGAAACCAAUCCGACUGAACCGAAAUCGAGAGCUGAUCCAAAUGCCACUCCGAAUCGUGUGCAGUUUUGUGAAGAAAUGACUGAAAUAGCCGCAAGUCAGUUCCCAGAUUUGUGGCGACUAGGUCAGGCCUACUUUACUGGCGAGUUGAGAGGGGCAGGCCAGCCGAAGCCGGGUAAUUUUAAACGGAUCAUCCUUUCUGUGAUUGAGAAGUUCUGUUUGUACUUGAAGGCCGCUCUGCUCCCGGCUGGAAACCAGCGUUCUCUUUUAGCUGGAAGCAUGAAAGGUUUACCGACAUGGCCGGCAACUAACCUUUCGCUAAAUUACUUAAUCACGUGGCUUCCACAUUGUUUACGUUACGUGAGAGUCUCCUACGCUACACUCAUCCGACUGGAUCUGCCCGGUGAGGCAUUGGAUAUAGUGUUGAAGUUUAUCGACGAACUUCGGCUUUACUGUCUUUCUUCGAUCUUGAAGAAAGCAAAUGAGAAGGUUAAAAAACUACACGAGAAGGAAACAUGGGAAUUUUCGGUGCCCGAUUUUGCAGGAGCAACAUCUUUGCCUUCUAAAUUGGAGGAAAUUCUUUUCGAGGCGAUCGAAGAUGCUCAGACGCUCUGUCUUACGCCGGAGGUACGGGAAACAUCUCUGCUGGAGCCCCACUCGGACGGACAGCGGGAAAUGUCCAAACGCUUUCAGGAGAUCCUGGGAACGUUUUGUGGAGUAAUCGAGACCUUGGCCCUUCAACGCUCUGACGAAGAGCCACAGCAUGCCCCGAUGUUAUCACAGUUGAUUGGCUUUCCUGCGGCGCUGCUACAGCAACAGAUGUCCGGCGAUAAAAGCUGGGGAUCCACGAUCACCUGGGAACAACGACUACUUUGCUGUUUGUCAAACUGUAUUUACUGUAACAAGAUAUUCUUCCCCAAACUAAGCGGAAUGUUUACUAAACACAACUAUCCGGUGCCUACAAUCGCCAUCGAAAACUCCCGCUCCACAGUGAACACUCUAUUCAGCAGCCUGCUGGACAUGUACGUGGAACACAAGAGUGAUCCCCUGGUGGGUACCAUCGAACCGUCCAUGUACAUCGGCCGCUUCCAGUGGGACCAGGUCGGCGCAUCGGACAAGCUCAGUCCCUACGCGCACGAGUGCUGCGACAAUCUAGUUUCGGUUUAUUCGGAGAUUUUCUCCAUCUCGCCGGUCCUGCUCAGACCAGUGUUGGACCCGAUCGUGCAAACCGUGGCCGAAGAGCUCGCCCGGCUGAUGACCUGCGUGCAGAAGUUCAACGUCACUGGGGCACUGCAAGCAAAGGUGGACAUCCACGUGAUACGCGACGCGGUGCGGGUUUACAGCAACGAAACGGCAAAGUCAUUUUUUGUCGAAGCAUUGGAAGCUAUCCCACAGGUUCCGGAUUCGGAAGAACAAGUCCAGAAAACAGUUCAACAGAUCAAGAACAAUAUGCGUCUUCAGCUAAUGUGUCUACAGGUAUUGGAUCCUUGACACGACUCGAUCAACUGCAAAAUGAUGUACACCAAGGUAAGAAAGUGAUGUCUCAUUAUUCCCCUUAGAUCCCAUACGAAUUCAGAUGUUAUUUAACCUGACCUAAUUAAUCAUAUGAUAAUGAAUUCUGAUAUUUUAUGCACCGUUUGAUGAAAAUAUUUAAAAUUAUUAGAGUAGGGUACAAUUAUAAAUCCCAUUUAAUGGAAACACUAAAUGUCAAAAA